AUGUCAAAGCUAAAGGAAGCAAUUGGGGAAGUUGAGGACCUGGUGUUUGUAUCAGAUAGGCAUGCAAGUAUUACACAUGCCUUGGAAACUAUUUUCCCCGAUGCCUAUCAUGGUGCUUGCUACCACCACAUUAGUAUGAAUGUGGUUGCUAAAUUCAACUCUGAUCAUUGUCAUGUGUUGAUGUAUAAUAUAAUAACAAACAAUUACGUUGAAAGUUUUAACAAUAAGACCUGGGACGCUAGGAGCUUUCCGAUAACUACAUUUGUCGAAUUUAUUCGCUUCACAUUGCAGUCCUGGUUCUGUGAUAGGAGAGAAAUGAGCGAGAAGAAAACUACAACUCUUGCACCGACCUAUGAGAAAAAUUUGGUGGAUAUGGUUGAGAAAGCUCGAUUCUUGAUCCCUUAUGCAAUAGGGAGGCAUGAGUUCCAUGUGUUAGAUGGUGAACUGAAUGGUGAAGUCAUCCUCCUAAAUAAGACAUGCACAUGUGGCGUGUUUCAGAUUAUUGGUAUCCCAUGUGCUCAUGCACUAUCUGGAUCCCUUAAGCGAGGGGUGAACUUUUAUUCGCUGUGUUCAAAUUACUAUAAAAUUGAGACAUGGAGGUUCUCUUACACAGAAUCUAUAUAUCCUACUGGUAACGAGGAAGAGUGGAUUGUUCCACAUGACAUUAUGACAAUAAAAGUGAGAACACCUGCGCAAAAACAACCCAGUUGGUCAUCCAAAGAAGAAACAAGGUAG